AUGGAGCAGAGCAGCAGGACCCGGGCUCCGGGGCGCCCCGGGCUGGCACCGAGCUCACAGCGCAGGAAGAGGCGCCCCGGUGCCGGAGCCGCCGGCGCUCGGCCCCCAGCGGCUGCAAACACCCGAGACCGUGCGGGGGCACCGGGACCCGAGCGGGAGCGGGCGGGGCGGGAUCGGGGCGUGCGCAGGUGCCGGGGGAGCGGCCCCGUCCCGCCCUCUGCACGCCCUUCCUCCGGGCCGGCAGGAGCCGCGCCGAGACCUCGGCGGAGCCCGGGCGGAGGGGCCGGGCCGGGCCGGGCCAUGGCGGAGCAGAGCAGCCCCCGAGCCCCGCCGGCGGGACGCGCCUGGGAGGGCGGGCACGCUGUGCCCGGAGCGGGGCUGGAGGGGCCGCCGAGCAGACGCGCCGCCGCCCCGGGACCGCUGUGGAGCCGCCGCUGCCGGUACCUGCGCACGGGCAGGGCGUGCUGCCAGAUGGUGCAGGCGCUGCUCGCCGUGCUCAUCCUGGUCUGCGCCUCCGUGUCCUGCGGGCCCCCGGGCGGCUACACCGGCCUGCCCGACCUGGGUGGCAUCUACUACUACCAGUAUGGCGGCGCCUACAGCGGCUUCAGCGGGGCGGACGGCGAGAAAGCCCGGGAGCUCGACCAGCGCUUCUACGUGCUGAAGCUGCCGGUGGCGAGGGCAGCGAUGGCCGUGGGAGGCUGUCUCCUGGCCGUCUCCUGCGUCCUUCUUUCGCUUGGGGUUCUGCGGUUACCGUGGCGCUUCCCAGCGUGGCUGCUGCUAGAAUGUGCCCUGGAUGCAGUGGUCGCAGUGGGCAUGGUGCCUGCUCUGUACUACUACUUCCACUUUCUGCUGGAGGUUUAUAAUUCAUCAGUGUGCAAAGAGAGAGAGCAGCUUUAUCAAAGCAAAGGCUACCAGGGCUUUAGGUGCAGCCUGCAUGCGGCAGAGAUUGCGGCUGGGCUGUGGGGCUGCAUGGUUGCCAUGGCAUACCUGCUCAGUGCAGGCCUUGCAGCCAGGGCUUUCACAGCCGUUCGGACACUGAAGCAGAAGCCAGUGCAGUUAGAAUGAUCCCUCCACUCCAGCACUGGCCAUGAUUUUUGCCACCCUCCUUACACAGGAAGGCAAAACCUCCUUACUGCUUUUCUUCACUUCUGAGCAGUGCAUUCUUGAUGCUGCCCCAGAGCACACACUAAACAUGGGAGAGUGAAGCAGUCCCUAACCUAGAUUUGCAUUACUGGGUUAUCAGUGGACAUGAGGGUAGACCCAGGGUCUGUGUCUGGCGGCUGUCCCAUAGCAGAGUGUGACCAUCCUGCAGAUGAACAGCCUUUCCCUCCCCUCCACCGGAGCCUUGCUCCCUCCAGUGAGGUCUUGCUCCAAGUACUGCUACUACAUCCCUUCUGUAGCUGAGGCUCCUUACAAAGGGCAUGGGACAGUUCACUGAGAAGAGAGGCCAGUGGUUGUGGCAUCUUGUUGCUGCUUUCCCGCAUGUCUGUUAGAACUAAGGGCCUCUUGAACAUGGUGUGUAUGGAGCCAUCAGACAACCCUGAAAUAAAAAGGUGCAACACGAUCAGUACUCUGCCCAAGAUGUGAUUUGAUGCUUUUCAUAUUCCUGCAGGGGGCACCGUUUUGUAUAAAAUGGUCCUUUACAGAACUUGUGUCUAACAGUUUUGCUUAAGAAGAUGCCCCAUGUUGGGAUUGUAAGAUGAAAGCUUUAAGAGCUCAAAGAUAUGGUUCAAGGUAGAAGUAUAUUGUUUUCAAAAUACAUUUUUAAUGUACAAGCUGGGGAAAUGACAUGCUGCUCUUGCACUUCAUAAAAAAAAAAGGAUAAACUUUACUUUUAAAAAAACUUCUAUAGGAAAUUUUUAUCAGGGAAAAGAGGAGCACUAGAGACACAAAAUCAUGCCUCAGAAUGAAAUGUCACUUCAGAGCAGUGCCCACUUUCUAUGGAUGUGCAUUUUGCAUAUGAAGGUGGAUACACCACUGGUAUCUUAGACCUGUUCUGCCCACAUUAAAAAAUCCCCAAAACCCAAACACCAAACUAAACAUACCAGAAACGUCCUGUGUCCUGGACAGAGCUCCAGUAUCACUGGCACCAGUGGCUAAAUCCUCACAAUUACCAAUUCCAUGGAACACUGUCAGAAUUAGAAAUAUGAAAGUAGAACAAACGCUAAAUAGUAACAUUCAGUACUUGGGGUUGUUUGCUUUCUCCUCCCUUUUAGUAGCUGGAUGUACUCACUCUUUCAGUAGCUAGGUAUGCAAAUACAUCCCUGCACUAGUGCAGGGAUUUAUGUGGACAGUUCACUGCUAUCUGUACUUCCUGGCUGCUGCAGCUCCUGCUGGAGCUCUACAGUCCUGUUUAGAGCAACAGCUCAGGACUCCUAGGGCAGGACACAGAAAGCUGCCCAGUAAUGGGUGUCAUGAAUUCCACCCUCACAGCAUUCUGCCCAGUACCUUUUGUACGGAAGGCUGAUGGGCAAAGUAGCACCAGCACUCAGAGAAGGAGACCCUUCAGCACAGCUACUCUUCACCAUGGCUGUGUGUGACUGAGGCAUUGCAGAUUCCCUCCAGCACAGUAAUGGAGUCAGAAUAUAGAGUUAGAUGAAAGUAAAAACUCUUUUAUUGCUAAGUCAGCUGAAAAGUUGAUGCAAAAAUAUUCUUCCUUCCUGGACUGCUCUAUACAUCUGAAUAAAGAAUCAAUGGAAUAGUG